AUGAGUGACAGGGUCGAGGGAUCAGCUCAUGCCAACACCAAGGGCGCUAUCGACACAUAUGAAGCCACAUUGCCCGGCGGGACGGCGCGCUCCCUGAGACAAGGCCCGGGUUCAAUUUCCCGACACCCGUACCAGCGCGUAGUGUGGAUGGCAGCCAGACUCAUCGCCAAAGAUUACACCUCAAAUCCAAAAGCUGCAACAGCCAUCGAAACUGAAGGAGUUAAGACACAA